GUUUUGAAAUCCUGGUGUUGGUGACACUGAAUGUCAUUGUUGUGAGCGUUCAUAAAACAAGAUCAUUUUUAUUAUUUUUACAUAUUAAAUAAUAAUAAAUUUUGAAAAUAACAUUGUGAAGAAGUAAAAUGCAGCCUAAACAGUCUGCUGAUAAUGAACAAGCUAAAUACACUUACCCUAUCCAAAUGACAAAUCCUUUUGAGAGGGAAAGCUGGUUAGUGGCUACUGAUCAUUGUUAUGCAAGACCAUGGAACUGGAAAUCCGAAUCGCCUUUUCUAAAACCAACAAAAAACUUGUUUAUGGACAAAAAUUACAAUUCAAAAUUUUUAUUUUCUAACGCUACAUCUUGUAAAGAUGAUAGUGAUAUUGACAUUGAACUUUUAAGCGAACCUACUGCUCCAACUUAUGAUAUGACUAAAGCUAUUAACUUAAUGGAAGAAUCUGAGAAACAUACUAGUUUAGUAAAAAGCAAUAGUGAUGACAAUUGGGAAGAGCAAGUUUCAAAAAUUAAUUGGACAUCUUCACAACAUAGAUUAUUUAAUGGUUUUGUGAAUAAUUUAAAUGGUUUAUAUUUAUCCAAAUUAGCACAAUUAGGAGUUAGUAAUGAACCAAUUCUACGUAGAACAGUAAUUGAUAAAGCUGUUCAAAAAACUAGGAGACUAUUUGCUGCAGUUUCUUAUGAUUCAAAGUUAUUGCAGUGGUUGCAUCAGUUAUUAUUAGACAGUUUAGAUCAGCAACAUAUUGCUUUAUAUUUAGAUAUUUUGCAGACAUUGAAAGCAAAAAUUCCUAAAUUUGUUGAAAUUAUGUUAACUAAUCAAAAUAUUAGUGCAAGAGCUGGAUGUUUAAGUAAUGACAGCUUAGUUUCUCUAUUGAAAAAGCCUUGGGACCCUGUUGCAAGUAGUCUUGUACAAGAUAAACCAAAAAAGCUUCCUGGCAAUCCAGUUUUAGUGUUGGUACCAUGUUCACCACAUGUUACUAAAAGGCAAAAAAGAUGGGUAUCAUUACUUUCACAUCUGGGCCAAGUUGUCACUGUGCCUACCAAUUUUAACUCUGGAAGUCACAGAAUGACAAUGACAAGUUGUAUAGAUCAGAUGUUUGCAUUGUCUAGAGGAAGAAUUCAAGAAGUAAGAGAAAGUUGCCCUAACAGAAACAUCAUUUUAGUUGGUGUAGGAGCAGGAGCAGCAUUAGCACUGCAGUUGGCUCAUGUAGAGAAUAUAUUUUGUGUGGUUAGUUUGGGGUUCUCACUUUUAACUGUAGAGGGAAGGAGGGGUGAACCAGAUGAUAGCAUACUAGAGUUACAGUGUCCUGUAUUAUUUGUCAUUGGACAAAGUUCUAGUACUUCAUUGCAAGAAGACAUGGAAGAUUUAAGAGAAAGAAUGAGAAUUGAAACAGGUUUUAUUGUAGUGGGAUCAGCUGAUAACAACUUAAUUGUAAGUCAGAAGAAAAAAAGAGAAGAAGGGAUAACUCAGAGUAUUGUUGAUAAAUGUAUCACAGAUGAAAUUGGUGAAUUUAUUAGUGGCCUAAUUUUAUCACCAUUUCCCCCACAAAUACGUCAAUCUCCCACUAAUAUAUCCACAGAAAUUGUAGCGAAAAAGAGCAAAGGAGAACGAAAACGUUAUAAUUCAACAGCCAGCUCAGUAGAAAGUGAGCCACCAUCGCCAAUGCCCAAAAUAACCCGACCCGUUGGGCGACCAGCUGGAAAGGCAAAAUCUCGGCUUGAUAGUAAAUGGGUAAUGCAAGAUGCUUCUAAUUUGAAACAACCCACUAAUAUAUCUCCAAUUACAACAUCAACAUUGAACUCCAAAGGAGAUAUUAAUACUUUUAUGCCUAUUUCAUCAGACACUGUCUCUGUUGGUGAAAAUAUUGCAUUUUCUAACACAUCUCCACAAAAGCCUGAUCAGCAGCCACCAGUUAAAAAAAUUAAGACUUUAAAACCAUUACUCUCCAGUGAUAUAGUUGACAAAUCUGGAUUGAAAGUGGGUUUAAAACAAGAUGCCAGUGGAAUUCCAUUUAAUAUAAACCGAACGACAGUAGUUUCAUCUAGUCAGUUGUCAACGCUCCUUCAAAGUGGCGUCAGUACAUACUCUUCAUCUGUACCACAAACUCGUAUAAAUCCUUCAUCUACAAUUAAAGUAUUAGAAAAUGUUCAGUUAUCAAAUCAAGCGACAGCAAAAUUAAUUUCUAGUCCUGGAGGUUGUCCGAUUGACUUAUCUAAGCUCAGUUUGACCACACAAAAAAAUAGUGGAGGUAACUUGGUACUUCUUCCAGAUGGGAAGAUAAAAAGUGUAAAUUCAGUCAGACCGAUGAACAUGAAAACUCAAAGUGGGAUGAUGUUAUCAGUGCCACAAGUAAAAGGUUCACAAAAAAUGAAUAAGUAUGUAAUUUCCAAAAGAUUACAGGGCACCAUGUCUUCAAGAACCGUCAAAAGAGACACUUUUGUAUCUUUGCCACAAACAGUUAAGACCACUUUGCCUCCCCCUACAAAUCUAUCGACGCAGGACAUCAUGGACUUGCCAAUUAUAUUUGCAGAUGAUAAUCAGAUAUUGGAUCCUAAUGUACCCAACGACUUGUCGACGAAUGAAGCGGCUAACCAGUCGGUAUCAAAAUUUAUGAAUCCUAUUUCGAAUAAGUACGUCAUUGUGACAAAACCGACCACUUCAGGCGUUAAGCGAUCCAAUCCUAUGUCGGCAGCGUCAAGGCCACCACUGAAAUACACAAAAAUAAUUUUGUCAAAGAAACCUGGAACCUUGUCUGUGGAUAGAUUGCCUAGUGACGUCUCCAAUAUGAACGCUACAUUAGAUUCUAGCGACAUCGAAAGCGAAGAAUUACAUGCUCAAACUAAGUCGUCGUUAGAUACUAUUUCUGCCAUUAAUGCAGAUAAAAGCGAAGUUCAAUUAGAUGAUGAUCCAGAUUAUGUACCACCAAAGAGUUUGAAAUAUUAACUUUAAACUGUAUUUAUAUGUUCUAUGUUCUUUUGAAGACAUUUUUUGUACCAGUUUUACCAAUUAUUCUAAAUAAUAUGGCCAUUUAAUGUUAAAUGUAUAAUAUAUAAAAUUCGAAUAUUA